AUGAAUAUCUACGCACCUGCCACUCAUUCCGACCGAUAUGCCUUUUAUGACCAACUACUUCAGCAGCCUCUCUUUCAAGCCCUUCUCAACAACAUGCACACCGCUGAUGGGAUGCAUAACAACUACCUGGCCACCGUCCCUGAUGCUCCCUCUAUUGUGUUAGGUGAUUUCAACUACAAUUUUCGCCAAUAUCGCCCACCACCCACCGUGGCAUCCACUAACAUUCAUCCACAAUGGCUUUUCCACUCGGUGCUUACCCAUUAUUAUCAGGAAAGUACGCAUGAAUUAAGUCAGGACCCUUUGGUGCCCACAUUUCGCCGCAACACCACACUCUCUACCAUCGAUUACAUGUUUAUGGAUCCUCAACUUUUAGAUUUCAGAACCGAUCACUUCGUUCACUUUGUUCAUUCUGAAUGGACCGAUCAUGCUCUACUUUCUACACAACUGACAUUUGCGAACCCGGAUUUUGGUAAAGGUCUAUGGCGAAUCAACCCCCAACUAGCUCACAACAAGUUCUUUCAACAACGUCUGUUUGCUAAACUUGACGAGUUCCACGAUCAAAUAGCCUCCGAAUCCGCUGGCAUCAGGCCUCAGGAAGUUUGGGAUCAGCUUAAAGCAAUUACCCGUCAAGUCGCAAGAAGUUGUAGUCGUCGACAGGCCGAAUGGCGUCGUCGUCUGCUCUGUCGCCUCCAAAGCAAACGCAACAAGUACCUUCGCCUCUACAAGACGACGCAGAUACGCAACGAUCGCCUCCCACAAAUCGAAGCCAUGAUCGGCCACCUUCAGCAGGAGCUAACCGAUAUCCAAGCACUACGGUCCGGCAUAAAAUGGCGAGAACAAGGUGAGAAAUCCGCCGGUUUCCUCAAGCGGUUGGCCACCCAACGCACUCAACAACGGGCCAUCCCCACCUUGAUACAUCCCAUCUCGACCACCACCUGUGAGACGACAACUGACAAGCAGGCAGCCGCAGUCGCAUAUUACGACCGCUUAUAUACUGCUGAUGCGGUGGACAUUGACGCGAUCCGGUAUUUCACUGACCAAAUUCCUGCUACUGACCAAAUUCCAGAUUCUGAACACCCGGCAUUAUGUGAGCCUUUUACCUUGGAUGAUUUAGCCGACGCCGCUACACGGGCCCCUAAACAAUCCAGUCCUGGCAUUGACUCCAUACCCUACGCCAUCAUUCAACUUCUACUGACUCAUACUUCCACAGCUGCUGUCGCCCUUCGAGUCUAUUCUGACGCUCUGUUACAUGGUCUGUUCCCACAAUCUUGGCAGGAAACUUGCCUGGUGCUGCUUCCCAAGAAAGGCGACCUGUCACUGUUACAGAACUGGCGCCCCAUCAGUCUCAUUUGUUGUGAUGCUAAGAUCUUCACCAGGCUAUUGAACGCUCGUCUCAUGGAACACUUUCGCACCCGCUUGAGUUCCUCUCAAUCUGGCUUCAUGCCUCAGCGCUUCAUUGGUGAACCAGCUAUGAUUUUACAUUGCGCCCAAUCUCUUGCCACGGCCACUCAAUCCACGUCCAUUGCUUUACUGUUAGAUCAGGAGAAGGCAUAUGAUCGGGUCAAUCUUGACUACCUUUCCGCUAUACUCACUGCCUUUAACAUGCCUCCUCAAUUAACAUCAUCACUGCUUGCGCUGUUGGCUACCACUCAGGUACAGGUUAACAUCAAUGGAAAUCUGUCCGCCCCGUUUACUACCCACCGCGGCAUGCGCCAAGGGGAUCCCAUUAGUCCGCUAUUGUUCAACAUCAUUUUCGAUCCCUUCCUUCGUGCUAUCAAUAACCAUCCGGAUAUUCAGGGCUUUGAUUUUGACUAUAUUGCUAACACGAAUUCACGUUUCCCCACACCACUUACUCAUCACGUUCCUGUAGCCGAUCCAGUCAAAGUUCUUGCGUAUGCAGAUGACACUCUCGUCUUCCUCAACGAUCUUGGUGGAUUUUACCAGCUUCAACAACUAGUCAGUAGGUAUGCCGAUGCGUCCAAUGCCUCCCUCAACUACCACAAAACGCAAGCAUUGUCUCUCUCUGGCGCCUCACAUGCAUCCUGGAUCGCCGGUCUUAGAGCGACAGGCAUCUCCUCGUGGCAUGAUAAGACUGCGACUAGUCCCAUUACAUAUCUCGGCUACCCUGUUUGUUCGUCGCCGGUACAACGGGUUUCAUACGUCAAUAACUUACUAACUCGUUUACGCGAUCUUUGUCGUCUCCAUUCCAUUCGUACCCUCACCCUUCGUGGCCGGGUUACGGUGCUGAACUCCCUUUUGUUUUCAAAAGUGUGGCAUGUCGCCCGUCUGUUUCCUUUCUCGGCUACCGAUAUCCGCAAACUACAACAUCUGGGCGCUUCAUUUGUUAAUAACCAGGCCAAACUAACCCGUUUUUCUUUCAGCACUCUUUGUCUACCUAGAUCUCAAGGUGGUCUAAAUCUGUUGGAUCCCGCUAAACAGAUCAAUGCUCUUCAGUGGCGAUGGUUACACCCUCUUUUGCAUCCGGCAAACCCCACUCCUCCUACCAAGACCUCGAUUCCUUACAUACGUGUCAUUCUCAACUUCUUUCUUGCUACUCCCUCUUAUCCUACCUACCACUGGUCCCUUCUUUCCCCUGCUUGCCGGCCAUCCCGUUCAACAGCUAUCACUGCCCCACUCUACAACCUCCUUCGAGCCGUCGAUGCUAUUGCCCGCAAGUUUGGUGUCUGCCAUGUUCCCUUUAGUACUUGUCUGCGCCUCCCGCUUGCAACCCUAAUCGAACAUAGCCUGCCAUCAUCUCAUAGCCUCUCGGCUACAUUCUGCCCCCCACAGGAAGUGACUGUACGCUGUCCUGGCGUUCUUACCCUCACAGGUAACGAUGUUUUAACCUUUGACCCAGCAACUCAAGCCCUCCAAGUUCGAAUCUCAACACGCGACCUCCCUCAUCCUACAACCAGCCGUCGAGCCCUUCAACUCCUACAAUCUGAACAACUACUCUUCGCCAACUUCGUUCAUUUCAACCGGCUUCUUCUCGUCCCUCGUCCAGUCAUCCACCACAUCGACCUCUCUACCAUCACCAGCUAUACCGAAAGUAUCACCCAUAUCUCUACUCUUCUCAUUUCCUUAAUGUCAUCCUCAUUUUCCUUUGAGUCCCAUUCCUUCCUUAUGUCUCUCCCUACUAACCACGGGUAUAAAUCCCUUCCUCUACAUACUAACAUGCCCUCUUUCUCGUCUCCUUUAGGUGUUGCCAAAUGGAAGCAGUUUUGGGCCCUCCAGAUACCUUUGAAUGCUCGCAAUACUUGGUUUCGGAUACUUCAUGAAAAAGUUACUACUAGGCAGCUACUCCACCAACGCAUGCGCGACCAAUUUCCGCCGUACUGCCUUCAUUGUCAGUCUUCAUCCUCCACCAUACCACCUGCCAUCGAAGACACAGAGCACUUCCUUUUCUCCUGUCCCCUCAAAUUGGAAGUUUGGCGCCAUUCUCUCUCUCUCUACAUCUCCCCUCGCUUCGCCCACUUCGCCUACGAGGAAUAUUUAGCUAUCCUUCACCUGCGCCUUACUCUUGACCGAUCUUCUCAUGAACUUUUUCCUGAUCUAUCCGUUUUCCAAGUCUUUGCUUGCAUUCAACAGGCCAUAUGGUCUGCUCAUUACUGCCAAGUUUUCCAACACUCUCCUUUCAUUCCGUCAAUAAUCAUCCACUCCAUUCAUCGUGCACUGCACCAUCUCGACUCUCAACUCUCCUUUGAUACUAUCAUUUAA